AUGCCUACGAAAAAGGUGAAGGACAGUGAGCGGCGGCGAUGCGCCAGGGCGUGCACAAACUGCAAACGACGCAAGGAGCGCUGCGACGGAAGACAACCUUGUCGGCGCUGCAUAGAGAGGGGGGCCGUCUCAGAAUGCAGUCUGAGGCCCCCUCGGCGCUCUUUCUCUGUGGCUUCCGCUCUGCCACCAAGUCCGUUGUCCGAGUGUUCAGACCCUCGAUCUACAACCAUCGAGUCUACGAAUGGUUCGCUGUCAAACGAUGCCGAUGGACCAGCUCAUGGCCUUCAGCAUGAGAUGGCACUGCGGUUCCCUCAUUUCUCGAGGCUGAUAAAGGAUGACAGAGGCACCUUCAUGUUCAUUGGCGACUCUGCCAACCACAGCUUCCUUCAGAACGUCCGCCGGAUUGUUCGCAGGCACGUGGGUGAUUGCAUCUUCGUCAAUGAUCCGCUACGCCAUCACAUGGUUGAGGCAUGUCCAAGCAAAGGCCACAAUAUGAUACUCGACAAUGGUACGGCACCGCCACCAAAACCAACCGAGGAUGAAGCAAGGACUUUGGUUCUGUGGUAUCGACAAGCUACGCAUUCCAUCCUCGAGCUUGCCACAUAUUCCUUGAUACUCGCCAUUGGUGCUCAGGCGUGUCCUGAAGACUACGACGAAACAGCGGAGAAGCACUUCAACUACGGCCGAUAUGUGACGCUGGCUACUCUCAUGGACGACCCCAGCAUUGCCACCACUCAAUGCCAUGUUCUCAUAGCCAUGUAUCUCCUGGCCCAGUCACGCAGAAACGCUGCCUUCAUGUACUUAGGGAUAGCCGUGCGUGGCGCUUAUGCACUGGGUCUACACAGAGAAGAUGUUUCUGCGCUGUAUGAUACGGCCGAAUACACGACCCGAGAACGUUUGUGGAAAGGUAUCAGGACUCUGGAUCUCUUUAUGAGUGCUUCACUCGGUAGGCCUCCGGCGACCCUGGAGACUCGGGACACUUCAUCGAAAGAGCACUAUUCAGCUAUGAACGACUUGUCCUUCAUAUUUGAGAACAUCUUGACCGAGGUGUAUGCCAAACGGAAGAUCACAACAGAGUGUUUGACGAAGAUCAGCGAGCUUCAUCGCAGCUGGGCCGCCAGAUUCAGUAGUGGCCAGAGCGUGGAGGGCAUUGACAUACAUGCUCAUAAAGGGACACCGAGAAAUCAAGAGAUGGCACCAAAUAUUGGACAAAUCCACCUCAAAGAGGCAUACUAUUGGACGAUCAUGCUGCUAUCUCGGCCAUUUCUCAUCGACUACGUUUCUUCAGUAUCGCCACCAGAGAUGGACGCACCUCCCACUUCAUCCCGUCAUGCGUCCACACCGUCACCAUCACGAAAUAUACUCGCUCAAGCAUGUGUUGACUCUGCGGUACGAACAAUUGAGCUUAUAGAGCCGCUUCUAACGAGCAACCUGACACCAAAAAGGCUGCCCUUCAUCGUGAAUUCAGCAUUCGCGGCUUCGCUUAUACUUGGACUUUGUCUCUUUAGUGAUUUGGAAGGGUCUAUGCCCGUCAGGAGGAAGCGACUUGGAGAAGCGUGCAAGAUAUUGGAAAAGUUCAGUGUGCACGACCUGGUCACGAAGCGUUACUUAGGUAUCGUGGAGAAGAUGAUCGGCGCAUGCGACACGUUCCUGGAGCUGCAACAGCGGAAGAGGAUGGAGUACAAUAACGACUUGAUCUCGAGGCUCUUUGGUCGGGUUGAUGCAGAGCCG